AUGUAUAACACUGGUCAAUCAUUCAAUGCAGCAUCUGCAUCCAAUGGUUCUAGUAAUGUUGGUACUAGUGCUAGAACUCCAUCCAGUACUUUGAACAAUUCAAAAUUCAUAACACCAACCUUACCAAUUAAAAAUCCCAAUUUAGAAUCAUUACAAUUCUAUGAAGAUAGAAACUCAUCAGGAAUCAAUUCAUCAAGAGGGAACUUAUCAAAACGAUUUGUUCAUCCUGCCAACUUUGAAUCCAAUGAAGUCAAUUAUAAAAUCAAUGUUCCAAAUUUUUCAAAUUUAACUCCAUUAGAAUUAGGGUCUAAAUAUAUUAGUGAUUUCAAUAAGAUUGAUUCUAUGACACCGGUGGAUUUAUAUCAUGGAGAAAAUAUAAGUAAGACUGAUUCAGGAUUGGAUAAUUAUUAUUUCGAUUAUGAUCAAGGAUUAGGAGAAUUUUCAAGAUUUGAAAAAAUUAAUCAAAUUAAUUUUCCGGAUAAAUAUUUCGAUGAAUAUAAUUCAACUCAAUUGAUUACUAAAUUAGGUUUAUUCCAUGAUAUUGAAAGAGCUUGGGUUGCCAUUGAUAAUAAAUUGUUAUUAUGGAAUUAUAAAUUACCUCAAUCUUCAUUCAAUCAAUCAUCUCAAUUCUUAACCAUUGAUCAAAUAAGACAUACUAUCUUAACUGUUAAAUUAGUUAAACCAAAAGCAGGUGUGUUUGUCAAGGAAGUUAAUUAUUUAUUAUUGGUUUCAACCACCAUGUCAAUUCAUAUAUUUAUCAUCAAAUAUAAUCCUCAAUUAAAUAAUUUAGAGAUUUUUAAUCCUGAUUUAUCAAUUUCAACUCAAGGUUUAAUUGUGAAUAAUUUCACUGUAAAUCCAAAGACAAAUGAUAUUUAUUUCAGUGGUGAAGGUGAUGGUAUAAAUAUUUGGAGAUUGGAUUAUUCUAAUAAAUCAAGUUUUAUGAAAAAUAAAUGUGAUAAAGUUUGUCUUACUAAAAGUGGUCUUUCAAUGGUAAUUCCAAGUAAAAUCCCAGGUCUUGAUUUAUUCAAUUAUUCAGAAGAUCAUUCUUUACCUUCUAAUUCAUCCAUUAAUACUCCCCCUGCAUCUGCAUCAGCUUCAUCAUCUACAACUACUACCCCAGCCAAUGAUCCAACUAAACUUGCUAAUAUCCCAGAAUCAAUCGUUCAAUUAGAAAUCGAUGAAGAAAGAGAUAUCUUAUAUUCAUUAUCUAAUAAAUCCGUCAUAAGACUUUAUAAAUUAGAUUCAAAAACAGAACAAUUAACCGAACAAAGUAGACUUACUCCUGCUCAAAUUUUCAGAUCUGCAUCCAGUUUAUUCAAUGAUAUGAAUAAUAUUAAAGUAUUUGAACGUUUUAAAAUCAUUGAUAUUCAACAUAUAUCAUCUAAAGAAUCAGGUACAAUCCAAUUAAUUGCUAUAACAAGUAAUGGAUGUCGUAUAUUAAUCAAAUUAGGAGGUCCAACCUCUACAUUAGGAUCUUUAUUACCAUCAAGUUUAAAAUCAAGAUCAGCUGCUAGUUUAAGAUUGAAUCUUGCUACUAUUAAAUUCCCUCCAUCUCGUGAAACACCAGUUGUAAAUGCUGAAUUAGAUGCCUUCACCAAAAGUAAACAAUAUUUAUUUCAAUUGAUUCAAAAUCAACAAAAAUCUCAGCUUUUAAAGAAUACAAAAUUAUCAAAGAUUAUAAGUCCAGGUGUAUUUCUAUGUGUUAAACGAACUAAAAAAUCAGAUAAAUUAUUUAUUGCAACUGCAAAUUAUGGAUUUUUAAAGAAAAAUAAUAAAUUAGUUGAAGAUGCUGAAUUCAUAAACUAUACCGGUGCUUCAGCCUCUUCGGCAAAUGAAGAUAAUGGAUCAUACACAUACAUUCAUGAUAUUGUUCAAUUGACUCCAUCCAUGAAUGCCACUGAAACUCCAAAUGGUUAUUGUAAUAUAUUAGCCAGUCAAUAUACUAAAGAACCAUUAAAAUUUGCUAUUUUAACUAAUUUUGGUAUCAUCAUUUAUCAAUAUAGAAAUCCUGAUCUGAUUUUAAAAUCUUUAAAGGAAGAAACUAUUGAAAAUUUCAUUGAAGAAAAUGGUUUUGAAGAAGCUUGUUCAACUUUAUUAUAUUUAGCUUGUGCUUAUGGAAAUACUCAUAGUUCGAAUGAUUUAUUUAAAAGAAAAGCUCAAGUUUUAUUCUCAUCCUGUGGUAAUAGUGCUAGAUUAGUGGAUAAUCCAACCAUUAGUCAGUCUAAUACCAAUGCAGGUUUAUUACCUCAUCAACUGCAACAAUUGGCCAAUAUCGGAGGUACUACUCAUGAUUCACAUCCAACUGUUGAUCAAGUUAUUUUAAGUGAUAGAUUCUAUGGUACUAUUUUAUUAAUCUCAAGAUUACUUAGAGAUUCAUGGAAUAAAAAAGUAUUCAUUCCAUUACCUCAUAUCAAAGUGAAUAAUAUUACAAAUCAAAUUGAUUCUAGUUCCAUUAAAGAAGAUAAUUUAUUAGUGAAAGGAUUAAAUAUCGAUAAGAAACAAGUGGAAUUUUUCAUCGGAUCAAUUAUUGUAUUGAUUGAUUUCUUUGUGGAAAAUGGUAGUAUCAUUCAAGGAUUAAAUGCUCCAAGUUAUAGUUCUGAUCCAAAUCAAUUUGAAAGUGAAGUUUGUCUUCGUGCUGAACAUAUUGCCUUUGGAGCCAUUAUAAAAUCGUUAACUUCGAUGAAAGAAGCCUUUUCAUUCUUGAUGGUUUUAAUUGAAGAAAUUCAAAUUAAUCAAUCUAAUUUCGAUGAUAUUUUUAAAUUCUUAUCAUUGGUUAAUCAAACUAAUCUUUUAAGUUUAUCAUUUAAAGAUCUUUUAUUGCCUAAUAGAGAAGUAAAGAAUUUAAUUAAAGAUUUACUUUCAUCAAUCAUUAAUAAAAAUAUCUUAAAGGGAGGUUCCAUUGAUUUAAUUGCUGACUCUUUACAAAAUAGAUGUGGAUCAUUCUGUUCAAUAGAUGAUGUAUUUAUCUUUAAAGCCAUUGAAAACUUAACCAGAGCUAAAAAUAUCGGUAAUAGAGAUAAUGAUCUUAAGAAUAAAUGUUUAAAGAAUGCAGUAUUAUUACUUGAAGAAGUUCAUGAUUCAUUAACUUUAGAAAACAUUGAAAAUUCCAUUAAUAUCAUGUUGGAUUUGGAUUAUUAUGUGGGAGCAGUGGAAUUAUUAUUAAAAUUGGCCCAAAAGAUUGGGAUUAAUUCUAAGAUUUCAAGUAGAGUAGCGUUUGAUGUGAAUAAUAUUACAUCAGCUACCACAGCUGCUAGAACUGUUGAAAUUGAUAAUGCUAGGAAAUUACAAUUAUAUAAAUUAAUUUUCAGUAUUCUUACUAAAGUUGAUCUAAAAGCAUUAAGAAUUACCGAAAGUAAUAAUCAAUUACAUAUUAAUGAAUUUAUUGACAUUAGAGAUUCAACUUAUGAAACUUGUUUUGCAUCCCAGGAUAAAUUUUUCCAUUAUCAAUUUUAUGAAUGGUUUAUAAGUCAAGGUGUAAGUGAACGAUUAUUAGAAUUGAAUACUCCAUUUAUAUUACCAUUCUUAGAAGAAAAAUCAGUUAAUGAUUUAACCUUAAGUGAUUUAUUAUGGUUAUACCAUGCCAAGAGAGAACGUUAUUAUGAUGCGGCCACUAUUCUUCAUGCACUGGCUAUUUCUGAUUUUAAAUUGGAUUUACAACAAAGAAUCGAAUAUUUAUCAAGAGCAAAUGGAUUCUGUAAUUGUGUUUGUCCACCAAAUUUAAGACAAAAAGUAAUUCAAUUAUCUUCUGUGAUUCAAGAAUUAUUUGAUGUGGCUAAUGUUCAAUUGGAUGUAUUAACUGCUAUUCAAGCUGAUGAUAGAAUCAAACCAGAGAAUAAAGAUAUCGCCAUAUCGGCCUUGAAUUUCAAAGUAUUACCAAUCACAGAAUUAUUUAAUAAUUAUUCUGAUCCAUUAGGAUAUUAUGAUUUAGAUUUGGUUAUUUUUAAAAUAUCAGAUUAUAAAAAUAGUGAUGAUAUUUUAAAACGAUGGGAAUUAUAUUUUGAAAAAAUCUAUUAUGAUUAUUUCAAUAAUCAAAAAUCAAAACAUCAAGAUGCAUUUUAUAUUCAUCUUCACAAUUCAUUCACUACCAUUGGAUCCAAAUUAUCAUCUAAUGAUUUAGUAUUCCCUAUUGAUGAAUUAAUCAAAUUGAUAAGUAAAUAUAUCAAACAAGCUACUGAAGAAAACACUACAUCAGCAGUGGAAUCACCACCAAAGGGUGCUAUUGUUGAUAUGUUUAUUAAAUCAGGAGUUAAUUAUGAUAAGAUUUAUUAUGUGAUGAAAUCAUUGAUUGAACAUAAUGCGUUUGAAAUCUAUGCUGGGUUCACUACUGAAUUAAAAAAUCAAGAAAUGACUUAUUUGAUUAAGAAUUGGUAUGCUACUGAUAAGAGACUUCGAGAUUUAAUCAGUGCUGAUAAAAUAAACAAUUUAGGAGCUUAUUCCAUUGAUAAAGAUCCUAUAAAUACAUUUGUUAAAGGUAACGGAGUAUUUGUAUAG